AUCGGAAUACAGAUAUUGUACAGUGGGAUAGGUAAAAGAUAAAAGAUCAAAGAUCUUUUUUCAAUUAUUAUCAAGAUGACGCUAGUACCAGCAGGAGUAAGUGCUGUUAUCAUUACAGCAUUGCAUCCUCUAGGAUAUGCUAAAGUUUUGAUACAGUUAGGGCAUGAACCACUGCCUCAAUAUUCUGCAAAGGAGUUGUUAUGGAGAAGAACUAGAAAUUACUAUCCAAGUGUCUUUUCUUACAUCAAACACAUCAAAAGUCAAGAUGGUUUCACUGGCUUGUACAGAGGGUUGAUUCCAAGAAUUCUAGAAGGAAUAGUUGGAAGCAUUGUCACACAAAAUGUGACUGAGUACAUGAAGAAAGCCUUGCCUGGCAAAGAGGAUGUCGAAGAUUCAGAAGUCCAAAUAUUUAUCAAAAGUUUUGGUAUGCAGACAAGCAGAGAAGUCGUUGCCAAGAUUGUCGCAACAAUUGCUAGCCAUCCAUUCCAUGUGAUAGCUCUGAGAAGCAUGGCCCAGUUUGUAGGAAAGGAGGAACUAUAUAGUGGUCCUUUAGUCUCGGUUCAAGAAAUUUACAAUAACGAGGGAAUAGGAGGAUUUUUUGCUGGCCUCAUUCCACGCUUGAUUGGAGAUGCAGUUGCUAUAGCGCUCAUCAACUUCCUGUCUGAGUUAGUGAACAGAUACCUCUUAUCAGAAAAGGAACACAAAGCGUACACAGCAGCAGCUUGUAGUCUCGUUGUCACACAGUUUACAUAUCCAUUUGAACUGGUGUCCAGGAAUAUGAGUGUCAAGCCAGCAAAUUUAAUGGCAGCAAAAAAUAUGCCGGAAUACACAGGGUGGACGGACUGUUGGAGAAUGCUCAGACAGAAUGGAGAGCUCUCAAGGGGCUCAAACUUGUUCAUCAGAGUCGUUCGAAGGUGCCAAGAAAAAAAUCGGAUUUAGGAAUUCAGCAGGAGGAGUGCUUAACUUGCUUUACAGACCUGCGCAGUGACAAAUGUAGAAUGAGAUUGAAUGAAACCAUGGGACCAUAUAAUGUUUUCUUGAUGGAAGUGCCAUUCUUAAUGUUUAAUUGAAAAGUUAAGCAGACUUGACAGUUGUUAGGAGAACUUUCUGUCAUGAAUAAUUGGACUGAUUAAAAACCUGGAAGAUUGCUGCCUAGUAUAUAUUUGAUAAUGAAUCUGUUUUAAGUUUA